CACUCGGAUCGACUGCUGACGCGUCGCGUUUUCAAAAAAAUACUUUAUAUAUAUUUUGCUGUUGUGUUGAUAACCUUUAGUUAGGUGCUCGGCCCGAGCCAGGGCCGGUUUUGUUUGCAGUGGUCAGUCGCGCGCGCAGACCGCUACGAGAUACGCCAUUAUUAUUUUAUUUAAAUGAACUAAUAAUACGUUAAAUUAUAAAAUGAACAAUUUGUGUGUAACUGUGGUCGUUUGCUGCUUCCUCACAACUUUAAUUCCGAACGCAGCCGGCCAGCGGUGUAAUGGCGGCGUGGAAUGCAUCACGCUUAACGAAUGCACGGGGUUGUACAACCAGCUGCAGAGGGGAACCAACGCCCAACUCACGCGGCUACUGCGGAGUCUCCACUGCGGGUUCCAAUUUGACCAACCCAUGAUUUGUUGUCCCCCACAAUUUAAAUAUGAUACCACCACCAGUAGCUACGAUCCCCCACCAAUGUCAGAUCAACCGUAUCGCCCGCGGCCCAGCGAUCAAGCAAGUAGAAACGGCAACGCGGAAAGUCUCCUGCCGAAAGGAAAAGAAUGCGGGAUCCAGAACAAUGAUAGAAUAGUUGGUGGAAUCGGCGCCGAUAUCGACGAGCACCCAUGGCUUGCACUCAUCAGAUACGACAAACCGAUGGGCUCAGGAUUCUACUGCGGUGGUGUGCUGAUAUCGUCCCGGUAUGUGAUGACUGCCGCGCACUGUGUCAAAGGACAGGACCUACCCACCAACUGGAGGUUGUCUCAAGUCCGGCUGGGCGAGUGGAACACGUCGAGCAUCAACGACUGUGUAAUGGACGACUGUGCACAUCCUGUGCAGGACGUGCCGGUUGAGGAGACCAUCGCGCAUGAGGACUACAACCCUCAGGACUCCAACCAGCAUCACGAUAUAGCGCUGCUGCGGCUCGCCAGACCGGCCAAGUUCAGUGACUUCGUCCAGCCUAUUUGUCUGCCAGUGACACCUGACACGAGAAACAAAAGAUUCGAAGGUUACAACAUGGAAGUAGCUGGUUGGGGCAAAACUGAAACGCGCUCUCAAUCGGACGUGAAGCUCAAAGUGACGGUGCCAGUUGUGAACACGAAUGAAUGCGCUAGUGUCUACAACAGGGUGGAGAGACAGAUCAUUGACAAGCAGCUGUGUGCUGGAGGGAACGCGGGGCAGGACUCAUGCCGUGGGGACUCUGGAGGAGCGCUCAUGGGUAGGACGGGGGCGGCACAGAACUGGUUCGCAGUAGGAGUGGUCUCAUACGGGCCUUCCCCUUGCGGCACACCUGGCUGGCCCGGCGUCUACACCCGCGUCGGUGCCUACACAGACUGGAUACUCUCCAAACUAAGACCCUAGACUAACCCUUGACUGAGAUUACACUAGUUAUUUUAUAAUAAUGACGUCAUCGAUCGAAAUAGUAAUUUAAGAAAGUAACGCGCCUGAGCAAUCUACUCGUCAAGUGCCAUGAAACUUGUAUAGUUUUCGUAGAUUAAUUACAAUUAUGUUACGUUAAUUCUUUUUCAUUUAUGUGUGAAAGAAAGACAAUAAAUCGAUUUAAACUUA